UAAUAUAAUUCCCACGACUUAUCCAUCAAUUCAACACUCCUAUCCCAACUUCCAAAGCACCAUAAACCAAAAACAGUAUUCUAAUAAAAAAAACCCUAGAAUUAGAAUCUAAAAGAAAAAGUAACCGAAAUCACAAUCGUACUAGCAAGAACAACAACACAACAAUCUUUGCGAUUUAGAUGAUAGAAUUGGCCUGAGAAUUCUUGGUUGGACAAUUUUCGGAACCAGAAAUGGGUGCGAGCCGCAAACUUCAGGGCGAGAUAGAUCGAGUUCUCAAGAAGGUUCAAGAAGGCGUCGAUGUGUUCGACAGUAUUUGGAACAAGGUUUACGAUACGGAUAAUGCGAACCAGAAGGAGAAGUUCGAGGCGGACUUGAAAAAGGAGAUUAAGAAAUUACAGAGGUACAGAGACCAAAUAAAGACGUGGAUUCAGUCUAGCGAGAUCAAGGACAAGAAGGUUAGUGCCUCUUAUGAGCAGGCUCUCGUGGAUGCUCGCAAACUUAUUGAGCGUGAAAUGGAAAGAUUUAAGAUCUGUGAAAAGGAGACUAAGACAAAAGCAUUUUCUAAAGAAGGACUGGGUCAACAACCUAAAACUGAUCCAAGGGAGAAGGCUAAAUCAGAGACAAGGGAUUGGUUGAACACUGUGGUUGGGGAGUUGGAGUCUCAGAUUGAUAGCUUUGAAGCUGAGUUGGAGGGGCUAUCUGUUAAGAAGGGAAAGACUAGGCCACCAAGACUGACACAUUUAGAGACAUCCAUUACCCGGCACAAGGCUCAUAUUAUGAAGUUGGAACUAAUCUUGAGGCUACUGGAUAAUGAUGAACUGAGUCCUGAGCAGGUUAAUGAUGUUAAGGACUUUUUGGAAGACUAUGUGGACCGUAAUCAGGAGGAUUUUGAGGAAUUUAGUGAUGUUGACGAGCUUUACAGCACGUUACCAUUAGACAAGGUGGAGUCUCUUGAAGAUUUGGUUGCAAUUGGUCCUCCCAGUCUUGUUAAGGGUACACCUGUUCUUAGCUUGAAGACAUCAUUGGUAGCAUCAGCACCUCAAGUGCCUGCCACUGCUGCCCCUAAUCAGCAGGGUGUUGUCCAGGAGCAAGUUGAAGAUUCAGCUUCCCAGGAUAGUAAUUCUGAUACUGUUGCAAGAACUCCACCUGCCAAAAGUAGUGUAAUUGGUUCUUCUGCAUUAUCAACACCAGUUGGGAGUCAUGCAACCCCUAUUCUUCCAGGUCAUAAUUUAUCCAGCGUCUCCACUGCUACAGUGAGCCUUCCAGGUUCAGCUUCUGUUCGAGGUGCCAUGGAGAACAGUGGUCCUGUCAAUUCUUCUUCUCCUUUGAGUCUGCCUACUGCUGCAAAGGAAGAAGAUAGUUUUCCUGGCCGCAGAUCAUCUCCAUCUCUUUCUGAUACUGGACUUGUAAGGGGCAUUGGUAGAGGUGGCCUCUCCAGCCAACCAUCAGCUAGUAUUCCUCUUAGUCCUAGCAAUGUAGUUCCUACCAAUGGAGCUGUUGGUGCAGUCCCUACAGCCUCGGACAUGGCAAAGAGAAACAUUUUAGGAGCUGAUGAGAGACUUGGGAGUAGUGGCAUGGUGCAGCCUUUGGUUUCCCCACUAAGUAAUAGAAUUAUUUUGCCUCAGGCUGCCAAGGCAAAUGAUGGAACUGGCUUGAUUGAUACUAGUAAUGUUGGUGAUCCUGUAACUAUAGGUGGCAGAAUCUUUUCCCCUCCUGUGGUCCCUGGUAUGCAGUGGAGGACUGGAAGUACCUUUCAGAAUCAGAAUGAAGCAGGUCAAUUUCGUGGAAGAACUGAAAUUGCACCUGAUCAGCGGGAGAAAUAUGUGCAACGCCUUCAACAAGUGCAACAACAAGGUCACAGUACCCUUCUUAGCAUGCCGCCUCUUUCUGGAGGAAAUCAUAAGCAAUUUUCUGCUCAACAGCAAAGCCCACUCUUGCAGCAGUUUAAUUCCCAAAACUCAUCUGUCUCUCCUCAAGCUGGUCUGGGACUUGGAGUUCAGGCACCAGGUCUCAAUAAUGUUACUUCUGCCACCUUACAGCAGCAGCCAAAUAACAUCCAUCAGCAAUCUAAUCAACAGGCAUUGAUGUCAGGUGGUCCAAAAGAUGCUGAUGUUGGCCAUGUGAAGGUUGAGGAGCAGCAGCAACAACAAAAUUUACCUGAUGAUUCAACCAUUGACUCUACAACUGGUUCUGGGCUUGGAAAGAAUCUCAUGAAUGACGAUGAUUUGAAAACCUCCCAUGCCAUAGAUGCUCCGGCUGGGGUAUCUGGCUCUUUGAUAGAGCCUGCUCAAGUGCCAAGAGAUAUUGAUCUCUCUCCUGGGCAACCUUUGCAAACUAAUCAACCUUCCGGAAGCCUUGGUGUUAUUGGCCGAAGAAGUGUUUCUGACCUUGGUGCCAUUGGUGAUAACCUUGGUGGGUCAACUGUAAACUCUGGGGGAACACAUGAUCAAUCAUACAAUUUGCAGAUGCUUGAGGCUUCAUAUUAUAAACUUCCUCUGCCCAAAGACUCGGAACGUGCAAGAAGUUAUACUCCAAGGCACCCUGCAAUUACUCCUCCUAGCUAUCCUCAAGUACAGGCGCCAAUUGUUAAUAAUCCUGCCUUCUGGGAACGAUUAGGUCUUGAUGUUCACAACACUGAUACGCUGUUCUUUGCAUUUUACUAUCAACAGAACACUUAUCAACAAUAUUUGGCUGCGAAAGAGUUGAAGAAACAAUCUUGGAGAUUUCACAGGAAAUAUAACACAUGGUUUCAACGACACGAGGAACCAAAAGUAGCCACAGAUGAAUAUGAACAGGGGACGUAUGUGUACUUUGAUUUUCAUAUUGCCAGUGAUGACCCCCAUCAUGGAUGGUGUCAAAGGAUCAAGACAGAAUUCACUUUUGAGUACAACUAUCUUGAAGAUGAACUUAUUGUAUAGAAGAUCUAAAUAGCAUUAAAUAUGUUGUUGACUUCCAGGUAUCAUCAGAAAUUGGGUUGGGAUUUGGGAACUGUUGAGUGCAAAAUUAUUAUCAAUCUUGCUCUGGUUGUUGUCAGGGUACAGGUUACUUGGCUUUAACGUUUUCCAUAUCCAUGUUUAGCCUGUUAAUCAAGGGGAGAUUUUUAGUUGAAGCAUUUAAUGCAUUGGUUAUUGUUCCCAUAUUUUGAUAUUUCAACUAGCACGAUUGCAUCAUAUUAGAAGUAUGUUUAAACAAA